UUGCUACGGCUAGGCAGGAGAGCUAGACGCGCAAGUUCAACAGGCGGCUGGAGCUUUGGAAACACCAUCAUCCCCAGCACCUCUCACCUUCACCACUCACCUCUUUCCGCGGCCAAAAACGACACGAUUCCUACACAUUUCGCCAUUUAAUCUGACCAGAGCACCUCCUCGCUUCUGGAAUUAUGGCGGACAGAUACUCUUUCUCUCUCACGACAUUCUCGCCCAGCGGCAAGCUUGUACAGAUUGAGUAUGCCCUCAAUGCCGUCAACCAAGGCGUGACGGCCCUUGGUAUCAAAGCUACCAAUGGCAUUGUACUGGCUACCGAGAAGAAGUCGUCGUCGCCCCUCGCCGACCCGACGUCCUUGUCCAAGAUCAGCCUGAUCACUCCCGACAUCGGCAUGGUAUACUCGGGCAUGGGACCGGACUACAGAGUUCUGGUAGACCGGGCACGGAAAGUCUCGCACACCGGCUACAAGCGUAUCUACAACGAGUACCCGCCAACAAGGAUACUGGUGCAGGAUGUUGCGAGGGUGAUGCAGGAGGCCACGCAGUCCGGCGGUGUCCGGCCUUACGGGGUCAGCUUGCUGAUUGCUGGCUGGGACGAGGGCAUUCUGCCGGAGGAAGAGGAGAAGGAUAUCCAGACCGAUGAGGGGGAGAAUAAGAAGCUGAGCGGAAAGACGGGCGGCAUUCUCAAGGGCGGACCCAUGCUCUACCAAGUCGACCCGUCAGGGAGCUACUUCCCGUGGAAGGCCACGGCCAUUGGAAAGAGUGCGACGACGGCUAAGACUUUCCUGGAGAAGAGGUACACCGAGGGGCUAGAGCUCGAGGAUGCCGUCCAUAUCGCGCUCCUGACCCUGAAGGAGACCAUCGAAGGGGAGAUGAGUGGAGAUACCAUUGAGAUCGGUAUUGUUGGACCCCCGGCGGACCAUCUUUUGGGUGUCGAAGGCGUCGAGGGUGCGAGAGGGCCGCGUUUCCGGAAGCUCACACCCCAGGAGAUCGAAGAUUACCUGACUAACCUUCUGCCAUGCCACCCCCUUGGCCACCCCAUCACCAUGCGUAGCAAAUCGACUCUGCAAACCCGUCACAACGUUGCUGGGUCACAAACCGCCAGACUCUACGCUCUCCCCACUAGUUCGAACUCGAACACCUGCAAAAUCCUCGGAAGGGCCAACGUAGCGGCAAUGAUGGUCUAUUGCAAUGAUUCAACCCCGUCAGAGUCGGGUGAGGAGCCGAUCCCGGAUGAUGGAUACCACCCGGGGCUCUUGGCUCCUCCUGUUGAAGAGCAGCUCUCCGCGGCCAGUCCUGAGGGCACAUCUGACAGGAGUCUGUCUCCCGACGAAACGCAACAUCCUGCCGCCAUGUCUACCAGGGCGUAUCAGCAGGAGAUGCUCGAGGAGAGCCUGAAGCGGAAUAUCAUCAUUGCAAUGGACACCGGAAGCGGCAAGACUCAAGUCGCCGUGCUGCGCAUCCAAACAGAGCUCGAGCGCAAUCACAAGCGUGUUUGGUUCUUGGCGCCGACUGUCGCCCUCGCUUCUCAGCAAUUCGAAGUGCUCCAGGCACAGAUCACAGCGGUGCAAGCAAAGUUUCUGUGUGGUGCAGAUACCAUGGACACGUGGAGCGACCAGCAUACAUGGGACGCCAUGCUCGAUAACGUGAGGAUCGUCGUCUCUACCUACCAGAUACUAUUCGAUGCCCUGAAGCACGGCUUCGUUACGCUUGACUCCUUAGCACUCAUCGUGUUCGACGAAGGUUGGUCUGCACCUGCCCCCACGAAGUCUAGAGCUGAUCCCCCUUACUUAGCACACAACUGCCUGGGGAAGAGCGCCUGUGGCCGGCUCAUGAGUGAGAUCUACUGGCCCGCGAAACAGAACAAUCGAGAUGUACCCCAUAUUCUCGGUUUGACAGCCAGCCCCGUGAUACGGUCUGGCUCUGCGAGCCUCGAGGAGCUGGAGCAGAGACUGGAUGCCGUUUGCAGAAGCCCCACCAAGCACCGGGACGAGCUCAUGGCCCACGCCAACCAGCCGGACAUGUCCAUUGUCUGCUAUGGCUCUCUCCCCGUCCCUUUGGAGAGAGGUGGCGGCUAUACUCCCAACAUGCUGGCGCUGCUCGAUGCGUACCGGAACCUGGAUAUCACCGAAGACCCGAGCAUCCUGCGACUGAGAGCAGAGAAUACCGUGAGGAGUCUCAACAGUCUUGAGAGGGCUAUCAUGAAGCAUGAUACUUUUGUUCAAGGCCAGAUGAAGUCCUUUUGCGAGAGGAGUGCCGAGAUUUGCCGUCAGUUGGGACCCUGGGCGGCAGAUUACUACGUGAACCGAGUCGUCUCGGACGUCACUGCGCGGUUUGAGUCCCGGGACCACUUGGUCACAGACUCCAAGGAUGCAGAGAUGCUGUAUCUGGUGGGGGUUUUCAACCGGAUCCAGCUGCAGCCUCCAUCGGAUGACCUCACGACCAAGAACCUAUCGAACAAGAUGAGAGAGCUCGUCCGGAUACUCGUCUCAUUCAAAGAAGACCCCAUGGGCAUUGUGUUCGCCAAGGAGCGGGCAACGGUAGCGGUGCUCGCGCACUUCCUGUCCAUCCAUCCUGAGGUACGGAGCCGCUAUAGGGUUGGCGCCGUAGUUGGUAUCUCGAAGCCGCCCGGAAGCAAGCAAUCAUUCCUCGACUUGAACCGCAAGGACGACCUGGCCUUUCUCCAGCACUUUCGAACCGGAAGGAUAAAUCUCCUCGUGGCCACGAGCGUUCUAGAAGAGGGUAUCGACGUCCCCGCCUGCAACCUUGUCGUAUGUUUCGACAAGCCGGACCAGCUGAAAUCCUUCAUCCAGCGCCGCGGACGGGCCAGGAAACAGACCUCCCAGCUGUCCCUUCUGGUCGAUGACACGUCGAUCAAUGCGGUAAAGGAGUGGCAAGACCAGGAGAAUACCAUGAAGAAUAUGUACAAGGACGAAUUACGGGAGCUGGAGCACAUCAAGUAUGUCGAAGAAUCGGAGGACGUCGACUUCUUCCCUCUGCUCACGGCCCCGAGCACAGGGCUCAGCCUGACCAUCGACGAUGCCAAAAGCCACUUGGAGCACUUCUGCAGGACCCUCACGUCACGAAAAUUCGUUGACACCAGGCCCUACUAUGUUGUUCGCAACGUCUCCAGCGUCGAUCCGGAAUCUACCCACGUGCCUGGCCUGGUCAUGCUGAGGGCGACAGUCCACCUCCCGAUAUCUCUGCCCCCCGAACUACGAACGGCGGAGAGCAGCCGCUCGUGGUUUUCGGAGAAAAAUGCCUGUAAGGAUGCUGCCUUCCAGGCCUACAAGGCCUUGUACCGGGCAGGGUUGGUGAACGAGCACCUUCUGCCCAUGAAGGAGUCGGAUAUGUUCAAAAGCAUCGAGACCCGCCCAGGGAUGGCCACUGUACGGGAGCAGCUGGACCCGUGGCCCAUGGUCGCCAUGGCUUGGCGGGAGGGCCAGAGGUUGCACCGGCGCAACUUGACAUUCACGGACGCGGAUGGGUCGCAUUUGGCACAUUUCGAAGUUGCACUUCCGGUCCCAGUCCCCAAUUUUCAGAAGCUUCUUCUCCACUGGGAUGCCGACACUGUUUGGACGGUAGAGGUGACGGACUCGGACUCGGACACAGACAUGCCGGGACUAGAAUCGGAUGAUACGGCGACUCUCCUUGCCCUAGCCUACGGCCAUCGAUGGCCAAUUCAACAGGAGGGCCACAUUGUCCACUUUCUCUCCCGGAAUGGCCCUCUUGACCGCCAAGGCAUUGGCAACAAUGAGUUUGAGGCCGAUACAGUCGAGAACCUAAUGGAAACUCACCUCGUCCGCGAGACCACUAACAGCAACCAUCCAUACUUCUACGCGGGCUGGCUGCCAACAAAACCCCCGGUGGAGCUUGUCAGACGCCCGUACAGGGGGUUCGAAGAGUCUACUCAGAACGUCCCCUACGUGGCUGUUGGGAACUGGCCCAAGAAGGCAGGCUAUUUCCGCCAGCCAAAGCUACAGCCCCAGACGCCCAGUGCCAAACCGUACUUCCGCGUCCUCCCCGCGAGUGAGACCAGGGUCGACAGCAUCCCCGCGGUGUAUUCGCAAUUCGGCAUGCUCCUGCCAUCCAUCAUCCACGCCUUGGAGGUCCACCUCGUUGCCACCGAGCUCCUGACGACCCGCCUCAGCAGCCUCGGCCUGACGGAUCUCUCCCUCGUGGUCACGGCGAUCUGCACCCCGGCCGCCAGGGAACCCACCGAUUACGAGAAGAUCGAGUUCGUCGGAGACUCCAUCCUGAAGCUCUGCGCGACGGGCAACUGCCUAGCGAAGCAUCCCGACUGGCCAGAAGGCUUCCUGUCCCCCAUGAAGGACCAAUUCGUGGCCAACUCGAGGCUCGCUACGGCAGCGCUCGACUUCGGGCUCGACCGGUACAUUGUCACCAAGGGGCUGACGCUGCAGGGGUGGCGGCCGACCUACGUCGACGACCACCCCGCGGGCCAGCCCGCGCCGUCGGACACGGCGACGCGGCAGAUGUCGACCAAGACGCUCGCGGACGUGGUGGAGGCGCUCAUCGGGGCCUCGUACCUGGACGGCGGCCUGCCCAAGGCGCUGGCGUGCAUCUCGCUCUUCCUGCCGGAGGGUCGGUGGCAGAGCGUCGGGGAGGCGAGGGAGGUGCUCUUCGAGGCCGCCGCGCAGGCGGACGCGGCGGGCAGCCUGCCCGCGACCAUGGACGCGCUCGAGGGCCUGGUCGGGUACACGUUCCGCCGCAAGUCACUCCUGGUCGAGGCCAUGACGCACUCGUCCUACGACGUGCCCGGCACGACGGCCUGCCUCGAGCGCCUCGAGUUUCUCGGCGACGCCAUCCUCGACUACCUCGUCGUCAGGCUGCUCGUCGCCGUGCGGCCGCCGCUGUCGCACUCGGAGAUGCACCUCCUGCGCACGGCGCUCGUCAACGGCGACUUCAUCGGCUUCGCGACCAUGGAAUGGAGCGCUCCGGCGGGAGGAGGAGGCGGGCAGCAGCAGCAGCCGCUGUGGAGCUUCAUGCGCUUCUCGUCGGCCGACCUGGCGGUGGCGCAGCGGGAGACGCGGAGGCGGCACGCGGCGCUGCGGGAGCGGAUCGUCGGGGCGGUGGAGCGCGGCGGCAGGUACCCCUGGUCGCUGCUGGCGCGCCUGCAGGCGCAGAAGUCGUACUCGGACGUGUUCGAGAGCCUGCUCGGGGCCGUGUGGGUCGACUCCGGGUCGUUUGACGAGUGCGAGGCCGUGCUGGAGAGGGCCGGCGUGCUGGCGUACAUGCGGAGGAUCGUGCGGGACCGCGUGUACCUCCUGCACCCGCGCGAGGAGCUCGGCCGGCUGGCUGCGUCGGAGCCGGUCAGCUACGUGGUCGAGGUGAGGGAGACGGAGGACGGGGAGAGGGAGGUCGCCUGCCGCCUGACGGUUGGGUCGCUCUGUGUCGGGAGCGUGGAGGGGUGCCUGAACAAGGAGGAGGCGUGGACUAGGGCUGCCGAGGAGGCUAUCAAGCACUACCACAGUCUGGGUGGUCGCUGGUCCUGAAAGCAUGAUGCAAAUAUGUUUAUGAGUUAUGAUCUCCCAAGGCUUGUUGGAGGAAGGCCUCCCCAUCUAAGCGUUGUUUGGAUCUGAGAAUCCGGCUGGUUAUGUAGCGAUCACAAAUAAAAAUGGAGGUCCUAGGGGUUGUUUUGC